AUGCAGCAUCACCUACGCCAAUGCGGCGGCGGCGCCCUCGCCGCUCUGCGACGGCUCUGCCACAACGCUUCCUCUGCCGCAGCGUCGCCUCCUGCGGCCUGGAGGCGCCCCUGCCCUCCUCUCCGGCUAUACUCCACCGCCGAGAUGAGCCAGCAGUUGCCUGCGAACCUAGUGGGGAUCAUGGAGCAGAGAAUGAAGUUGAUCGAGCAGAGGAGCGCAUACCUCCAGGAGCAAAUUAACCAGCCAGCCGCCUCGCCCGAAGAGUACUCGAGGGCUAACAAGGAGUUCCAUAAGCUGGAGAGCACCAUGGAGUUGAUCAAGGAGCUGAGAUCGAAACAGGAGGAAAUUGAGGGUCUCAAAUCUUUGGUAACAAAUGCUCGUGAACAGAAAGACAUGCGUGAGAUGGCAGCAGAUGAAAGGGAUUGUAUAUUGGAGGUGCGGGCAGGAACUGGAGGAGAAGAGGCAUCUUUGUUUGCAAUGGAUAUAUUUAGAAUGUACGAGAAAUAUGCUCAGAAGAAUGGGUGGAAAUUUGAUGUCAUUGACAUAAUGGAGUCUGCUGUGAAAGGAUACAAGGUUGAUGUCCAGCUGCGGAAUGAGGACCUGAUAAUUGAUACCUACAGAUCAGGUGGCUCUGGAGGUCAGUCUGUCAAUACAACCGAUAGUGCUGUUAGGAUAACUCAUAUUCCAACCGGAACAGUGGUUGCAAUCCAAGAUGAGAGAUCACAGCACAUGAACAAGGCCAAAGCUCUGAAAGCUCUCCGAGCGCGACUGUAUGAGUUGGAGAGGCAUAGACUCCAUAUGGACCGAUCAAAGCUUCGAUCAGAACAGAUUGGAAGUGGUGACAGGUCUGAGCGAAUCAGAACAUACAACUUUCCACAGGGCCGUGUCACCGAUCAUCGUGUUGGAAUCACACACCACUCCAUAGCAGAUGUCAUGGAGGGGGAGAGCCUGGACGUAUUCGUUGAUGCACUCCUGCUUCAAGAAGAGAUGGACGCCAUUGCUUCAUUUGGCGCAUAA